AUGACGGAUCAUGAUGCAGAAUCCUGCUCCUCACAAUUCAUAUACGAUGUUUUUCUGAGCUUUAGAGGCUCCACAAGAUGUGGAUUCAAGGAUAAUCUCUACACCGCUUUGACCAAUAAAGGAAUCACUACCUUUAGAGAUGAUGAGAAUCUUAGAGUUGUUGAUAGAAUCAGAGAUACUCUUCUUGAAGCCAUUAAAAGAUCCAGGAUGUCCAUUGCUGUGGUGUGUCAGAACUACGCCUCUUCAGCAUGGUGCUUGGAUGAACUUGUCCAAAUCAUGGAGUGCUCUAACAAGGGAACAAAACAACCAGUUUUCCCAAUUUUUUACCAUGUGGAUCCAUCAGAUAUAAGGCAUCAGAAGAAUCAAUAUGACCAAGACAUGAAGAAGCAUGAAAGCAGAUAUGGCAAAGACUCGCACAAGGUACAAGCAUGGAGGUUGGCUUUGUAUGAAGUUAGCAAUCUAAGCGGAAAGCAUUGUAAAGUGAAUCGGUGA